AUGGCAACUCCUGCCACUUUCUUGAAUCCAGCGCGAGAAGCCCAAGGCCUAGAUGACAGGGCUGCCGAUGCAUACGAGAAAGGCCAUGAUGCGGACGUUCCCUCAGAUCAAGUAGACACAUCGUCACACCUCGACAUAGAGAAAGGUGUUCCAAGCGCAGCAUCUACCAACAGCGACGAGAUGACGUUAGGAGGUGAUCCCAGGACAGAAACAGAACAAGAUCCUGAUAUAGUAGAUUGGGACGGACCAGAUGAUCCUGAGAACCCGUUGAACUGGCCCGAUAGCAAGAAAUGGACCCUAAUCGGUAUCUUGGGAAUGGUUACGCUAGUCACGCCCCUCGCAUCCUCAUUCUUCGCUCCCGGUGUUCCUCAAGUAAUGGCAACCUUUGGCGUAACUUCGAAUAUCCUCGCCGGACUCGUCGUCUCCAUCUACAUUCUCGGUUUCGCUAUCGGACCACUGAUUAUUGCUCCCAUGUCCGAGAUGUACGGCCGAUUCACCACCUAUAACGUCUGCAAUGUCUUCUUCGUAAUCUUUACUGUCGCGUGUGCUUUGAGCAACAGCAUGGGUAUGCUCAUCGCUUUUCGAAUACUAGCAGGAAUGGCUGGUGCUGCACCCUUGACGAUUGGAGGUGGAACCAUCGCCGACAUCUUUCCACAAGAGCAACGCGCAGGAGCAAUGGCCAUAUGGUCCAUGGGUCCGCUGCUAGGCCCUGUCCUGGGGCCCGUUGCCGGCGGUUUCUUGGUCAAAGCCAAAGGCUGGCGAUGGGUGUUCUGGAUCAUCGCCAUCUUCGCCGGCUUCUUCGCAAUCUGCCUGUACUUGUUCGGCCGCGAGACCUACCACCCCACCCUGCUUGCGCGCAAGACUAAGCGCCUCCAGAAAGAAACCGGAAAUAUGAACCUCCGUUCGAAACUCGACAGUGGGCUACCUCCUCGCGAGAUCUUCGCUCGCUCCAUCGUCCGUCCGAUCAAGAUGCUGAUUUUUUCGCCCAUCGUACUCCUCAUGUCGGUCUAUGUCUCUAUCAAUUACGGCAUCAUGUACCUUUUCUUCACCACCAUGACCUUCGUCUUCGAGGACACAUACCACUUCUCUUCCAGCUCCGUUGGUCUCGCCUACCUGGGCAUGGGCGUCGGCCUUAUCCUAGGUAUGGGGUACGUCGGCAAGAUGUCAGACGUCUAUGUCCGCAAGGCCCAAGCAAGCGGUGGUGCCAAACCCGAAAAUCGUCUCGAGCUUCCUCUCACAAUUCCCGGUGCCAUCCUCCUCCCUAUCGGUAUCUUUAUCUACGGCUGGACGACGGAUAAAGGUGUGCAUUGGAUUGUGCCCAUCAUAGGGACGGCGCUCGUCGGUCUCGGAAACCUUACUGGUAUGAUGACUAUUCAGACAUACCUGGUUGAUGCAUUCACCGUGCACGCCGCCUCCGCAAUCGCGGCCAACACCGUCCUCCGAUCUAUCUUCGGGGCUUUCCUCCCGCUCGCUGGCCUCGACAUGUUCGAUGCGCUAGGUCUUGGAUGGGGUAACUCACUGCUGGGCUUCAUUGCACUUGCAUUGAUUCCUGUGCCGUUGUUCUUCCGCUUCAGAGGCGAGAGUAUCCGCACGAAUCCGAAGUUUCAGGUGGCCUUGUAG